UGACAAUCCGAGCGGCUUUGAGUCCAACUUUUCAUUUCCCUUUCUCAGCAUGAUUUUUGGACUCUAGCUAUUACCAACCAAAUGCCUCUGCAAUGGGGAUCCAUGGUAUAUACAAAGAGAUCGGCCCUGGACAGAGGAUAGCUCUCUCGAAGCUUGCUGCAGAUGCAUUUACGAAGCACAAACGACCAUUACGACUAGCAAUAGAUACAUCCAUUUGGCUAUUUCAGAUUCAAGCAUCCAAAGGCGGUACCAAUCCCGCUCUUCGGACAUUCUAUUAUCGUUUAAUUCGACUCCUCUCGCUCGCGAUCCAUCCGGUAUUUGUUUUCGAUGGCGACAACAAGCCACCAUUCAAACGCAACAAACGGACGGGAGCGAACGUAGCCUCGAUCCCCGAAUACUUUGCGAAAGACCUACUCAAAUGGUUUGGAUUCUCCGUCCACGAAGCUCCCGGCGAAGCAGAAGCAGAAUGCGCUCUCCUCCAACGCGAGGGAAUCGUGGAUGCUGUUCUUUCCGAAGACGUCGACACUUUGAUGUUUGGGAGCGGUACGACGAUACGACUCUGGACGGCGGAAGGCAAAGGCAAGGUUCCGACGCAUGUCAGCCUAUAUGAUGCCGAGACUACUAAGAAUGGUACAUCCGGGUUGGAUUGCGACGGAAUGAUACUUGUGGCGCUCAUGAGUGGAGGAGAUUACAUACCCGAGGGCCUGCCUGGAUGUGGACCGAAGGUGGCGUGUGAAGCUGCUCGAGCUGGCUUUGGAAGAGAGCUAUGCUCCAUGAACCGACGCGAUAAAGCGGCCUUGAAGGAAUGGAGAGAGCGGUUGGUUCAUGAGCUUCGGACCAAUGAAUCAAAAUUCUUCAAGCGGAAACCUCGAAAAUUUGACGUACCGGACAAUUUCCCUAGCAUGGAGAUUUUGGGAUACUAUAUGCAACCCGCAGUGUCGUCGAAGGAAACCAUUGAUGGGUUGAAAAAAUGUUUGGAUCACAUUUCAAGAUGCGCUUCCGCAGAGGAUCUCGAGCGCUAUUGGAAUACCUUGCAAGACCAAACAUCCCAGAAACUGCGCUAUUCGCUACGCUCGUUCUUCGAAAGACCGAUUGACUUCGAUAAACUCCGUACUUUCACCAGAGAUGGUUUCAAAUGGCAGUACCUGGACGACGCGAAGCAUUUCAUUCGCACGAUGUAUCCAGCCGCUUUGGUUCGGGAAAUCAGAUUGAACAAUCUGGAGCAUAUUGGAACUGUGGUCGACUCCAAAUCGGAACAAGCAGCUGUCAAAGCAUUGCUCGGCUCUCGGGCGCAUCCUGUCACCGAUAAUUGUACUGAGCUUCGGGUCGAAUGCAUCCCGGAGAAACUCGUACCGAUAGACCUCUCGAAAGAGGAGGCCACUUCAGCAUUUCAGAGGGACGUAGGGACCGAAGACGAAGCCGAGUUGGGUGAUGAAGACGCACCAAAGGGCCGUGGCCCAACCCUUUUCAAUCCCAAUGCGCCACAGCGUGUUUGGGUCCACGAAGUCUACGUCCAACAUGGUCUCCCCGAUCUCUACGACGGCUUCCAAAACACUCUACGCAUGAAGGCGAUCGAAAAGGAAGACAAAGAACGGCGCCAGGCAGCCCGAAAAGCUGCGUCUACCGCUCCCAAAGGCGUACAAGCCGGUUCACUGGACCGAUUCACCAGGGUGACGAAAUCGGGACAACCAGGUCCAUCUCUUAGGUCAGCCAAAUCACCCACACCGCAGCCGGCAUCUACAGCUCCGGCUGUGUCGGAAAUCCCACAUGCUCAAAGCGAGACACAGGCACCGCGAACGAGGGCGACGACCAAACGGAGAGAUGCCAUCCCUGCCACGCAGCCUGCUCGCUCGACCGACCUACGACCCGUCGCAAACUUUCGCGUCCCACCAAGCCUCUCGUUCCUGGCCGAAAGGGAGGAUACUGGGGCAGCCUUCAUGGCGACUAGGACAAAUGUUUCCUCGAGCAAUCGUCACCUCGGCGAGGACUCAUUCGACUAUCCUCCGUCUUCUCAGCCGCAGGUAACAAAGCGAGGAAAGCGAUCUCCCUUCUCCCGUUCUGAAACCCUCCCCGUGGGCAUCGGAACCGGAAUCUCCAAUACCACUCCUCAAUCCGAGGAAAUCGACGGACUCGAUGCAUUUACGACUCUCAUGCAGAGUGCCAAGGACGAUUCCGCACUCGAGGUGCGGUCGCCGUUCAGAAAGCGACGGAAGACAGCUUCUUCACAGAGAGGCUCCAAGGAACCUCCCACGCCCAGAAAAGCAAAAGGUGCCGAUGUAAUUGACCUGAUAUCACCGAGUCCCAAGAAACAGACCAGCAUCUCGAGUUUCGUGACCAGAUCAUCUCCCAGGAAGGAUAAGGAGGAUGACGGUCAUGAUGAUAUGCGUCGGGGACACGAUUCUUUUUUAGAUGAUUGGCUAGAAUCAGCGGGAGGUCGUCAAAAGGGUUUGGGUGAUAUUGAGCAUGACGGUUCCCGCCGCUUCUGGCCAGAGAACCAAAAGCUACACGAUGAUGCAGGCCUGCAGCGGCUUGACUUGACGGACUCACCACGCAGUGCACGAGCCAAGGCCCGUGCGAAUAGGCUACAAGAGGGCUCCGCAAGUGAAGCUAUGAUUAUCCAUUCGGAUGCUGUGGCGCGAGUGAACCUCACCGGAAUUGUACAGCCGCCAUCAUUGCGAGCGCCGGCUUCCUCACUAAGCUCCAGGCGGUCACUCGCGGAGCUGAAAGAUGGGAAUAUUCCCCAAUCGAAGGCCCAGAUUGCAGGCUAUGGUGCGCAGACAGAGGGUGAACCCGCAACGAAGGCACAGGACAAGCAGGAGAUUGUCGCUCCAAGGGCGAAGAAGAAACAGACUCAUGUGCUUGUCAAGGAUGACGGCAGCUGGGAAUGGGGGACGAAUGGUGUUCGGGUCGAGAUUAUUGACCUGACCAAAGUUAACUGAGGCUUCCUACCAUGAUGAUAAUGAGUAUGAAGCACUAUUAGGAGUUGAUCGGAGUACAUAGAUGCAUCCGAUGGUGAGUUGAAUUCAGGACCAAGGUCAGGUGACCCCGGUCCAGAUGUCAAUCAACGUCGUUUUACAACGCCGAUCAAACAAUGUCACAAAUUAUCCUUCCACUUCGUAUGUGGAGAGGACCUAUCCAUCGUGAUCCACUAUCAAAAAGUAUCGCUCCGUCAAGGUCGCUUGAGACCAGGCAACAAUGCGCAGCA